AUGGCGCUGCCCUACCUGGAGGCCGUCCUGUGCUUUAUGACUCUCAAUUACAUAUUUGAGACAUAUCUUAACAUCAGGCAGCAUAGAGCCCUUAAGUUACCAACAUUGCCAAAAUCCCUGGCAAAAGUAAUUAGUCAUGAAAAAUUUGAGCAGGCGAGAGCUUAUAGCCUGGACAAAAGCAAUUUCAAUUUUGUACGUGAGGCCAUAACUAUAGUAUGUGAUAUCGUAAUACUGUACUAUAAAGUUCUUCCUUGGUUUUGGAAGAAAUCUGGAGUGUUAGUAACCAAUGUUGGCCUGAAUGCAGAAAAUGAGAUAAUACACACCCUUGCAUUCUUAGCAGGUGUCAUGGUUUGGUCACAGAUCACAGACUUGCCAUUCUCUCUAUACUCGACUUUUGUUAUUGAGGCUCGACACGGUUUUAACAAGCAAACAUUCUGGCUCUUCAUUUGGGACAUGAUCAAGGGAAUUUUGCUGUCCGUUGUACUCGCACCACCAAUUGUGGCUGCUAUCAUCGUCAUAGUACAGAAUGGAGGGCCUUACCUAGCAAUAUAUCUCUGGGGUUUUAUGUUUGCACUAGCUCUCCUGAUGAUGACAAUUUACCCCAUCAUGAUAGCUCCUCUGUUCAACAAAUUCACUCCUCUUCCCGAAGGCUCACUCAGGGAGAAAAUAGAGAAGUUGGCAGAUUCCCUCAAGUUUCCUCUGAAAAAGCUUUUUGUGGUGGAUGGGUCUACUCGAUCAAGCCACAGUAAUGCUUACAUGUAUGGGUUUUUCAAGAAUAAGCGCAUUGUUCUCUAUGACACAUUGAUACAACAGUGUAGUAAUGAUAAUGAGAUAGUUUCUGUUCUUGCGCACGAGCUUGGGCACUGGAAACUUAAUCACACUGCAUAUUCCUUUGUAGCUGUGCAGCUGCUUACAUUUAUGCAAUUCGGAGGAUACACUCUUGUAAGGAAUUCCAAAGAUCUCUUUGAAAGUUUUGGUUUCGAGGAUCAGCCUGUAAUCAUUGGACUGAUCAUUUUUAUGCACACCAUUAUACCCAUCCAACACCUUCUGAGUUUUUGCCUCAACCUUGUCAGCAGAGCAUUUGAAUUUCAGGCUGAUGCUUUUGCCAAGAACCUUGGGUAUGCUCCUGAGCUCAGGGGAGCCCUUGUUAAACUACAGGAAGAGAACUUAUCGGCAAUGAACACAGAUCCGUGGUACUCAGCAUACCACUACUCCCAUCCACCCCUUGUUGAAAGACUGUCUGCUCUUGAAGACCUGGACAGCAAGAAAGAGAACUGA